AUGGAAAGUCCGCCGUCCCUCGUAUUCACCACAACAAGCGUGUUCCCCACGAACACCUUCACUGUCACUGAAAACCGGGAGCACGGACAGUGGGACACCCAACGCUGGUCGUGCCAUAGCACCGGAAUUUGGUGGCGCCGAACGGGACUGUUGUCACCUUCGAAGCGUGCACCUCCACCACGGACCACCAACGUGAAGAUCGUCCCUAGCGGUGAGUUGCCUGCCACGGUGAACGUGGACCUAGAGAACGUGGAACGCUCCCUCACCGUUCUGAGGAGCGAACCGAGGUGGCAGGUGCUGAAGGACCGCACCAAUCUGUCCACGUUAAAGCGCUUGCGAGGACGUAAGGACGUUAAAGCGCUUGCGAGAAUAUUAUGUAAAGCGUCGUUGAAGUUGUGGAUGGAAGUAUUCGAGCGUGAAGCGGAUGGAUGCACUAAUACUACAACAACGCAUGGCUCGGAUGUUGAUUUGGCUCGCAGAGAGAGAAUGCGGGUGAUGGAGUGCGAGAAUGCGAGUGAGAGAGCGAGAAAGAAAGACGGAGUUGCGAAUGAGAGAGCGAGAGUGAGAGUGACAGGAAUCGAGGUCGAUAGCUUGGAUGUGGCGAGGAGACUAUAG